GCAGGCCUUCCCCUCCAGUAUCAUCAUGUCAAAUCCUGGUUUAUUUAAGAAGAGCACAGGUAUUUUGUUUUCUCUCAGAAGCACCUUGCUCAAAUGUUCUGGAAUUCAAGCCACCAUGGUUUCUACAGCAAUCUUCGAGACAGCUGGAAUAGAUUCACAGACUGUAGAACGAUGUCAAAGAGGACUGCUGAGCCCGAGUGUGGCUUCAGUGUCACUGACCUAGUAUUAGUGGCUGUAGCCACCUGACUCCAGAUCACUUCUUACCUGUGCUGGGUCCAGUGCUUUAGCCAGAAAAUGCCAAAUACACCAUUCCAAUGGGAGCUAAACCCUGCAGCUAAGUAGUUUACAGAAGCUUGAACACAGCGGGAUUCAAUGCAUUAUGUAUGGAUCAGCCCUCUGGAACUGCACAGGCACCUAAGUUAUGCCUGUAGGAAAACAGUAAUUGAAAACCUCCUUCUUCCCCACCUCUUGGAGCUGCCUUGCGUUAAAUAUUAACAGCCUUGCUUCAUCAAUUCCCUGGUUCACUUGGCUUCUUUUAACAACAGAUGUAGUUACAACAACUCCUCUGCCUCGCUCCCUGCUCCUGUCAGCACAGCCCAUGGUGAAACCCAAGACUCGAGUGCUGUAACUCUGCCUGCAGAGCCUGGCUGCUGCCCUGGUUGUGUGGUCUCCUCCAUCUGUCUCCUUGGGAUCACCAAUGCAUCCUGGUUUCCGCAUCUGGGAUUAGCUUGUGCUGUGGGCCACUGCUUGCAGAGAAGGGUUGGUUAAAGGAGACAGAGAAAAGGAGCCCAGAGGAAGGAGUUUCUGCUGUCAGAGGGGUGAGCAUGGCCAGCAACUCCAGCACACUGCCCCGGGUGACUUUCCAAACACCAGAGAAACCUGGGGAGGAAUCGUCACACAGGAAACUGGGCAAGUUAACCAUCAAGUACAACCGCAAAGACCUACAGCGCUGGCUGGACCUGGAGGAAUGGAUCAACACCCAACUGCAGGAGCUGUACCAGUGCCGGCUAAGAGAGGAAACAGAGGCAGCAGCUCCUGAACCGCAAAUUGACCUUGAAGAUCUCCUGGAGGUCCCUAAUGAAGAACAGAAAUUAAAACUACAGGAAAUCCUCCAUGAGUGCUCCAACCCAACAGAGGUGAGUGAAGCACCAUCAAUAUAUAUAUGUUAUACUGUGCUGGGAGAGUGUGCCUUUGUUGCUGCUUCACUGAAUAGCCACAGUAUUCCUGUGCCUAACACAAUGCUGCAAAUUUAAUUCCCAAUGGAAAGUGUUUGCUGCUUUAUCCUGCUGUGUUAGAAAAAUACAUGUAAAUCUACAUCAUAUACAUGAUGAGCUGAGGGCAGAGCAGUGAAGCAAAUAAGGAAUUACACUUU